AUGGCGGCAAUGGAGGAGCUGGAGAUUCAUAGCAAGUCCUAUUUCGUGCGUUGGAUUCAUGUGAGCGCAAAUCACACCAUCUCGUGGAGCAUUCAGCCACACAAGAAGUCCGUGAACUUUGGACUCUUUAAACACCCCGGCCAGUCCACUCAUCUGAGCUCCCAACUUCCCGCCUCCGAUUCUCCUACCACUGAUUCCAACGAGAACCUCCCCGCAACGGCCGCGACAUCCGGCUCGCGCCACCAACAGUUGGGCGUAGUCGAGAAGCUGACGGGAAUCGGUCUCAAGUCGAUCAAAUGGAUUGGAAAAUGCGAAGCCAACACUGUGUUGCAGGGGACAUAUGAUGUACCGGCUGGAGAAGGUGUCUCCAAGACUCUCACCCUCGUCCUUUUAACCUACCCUACCGGCUUCCAGCCUCAUGUCUCUGCCUCGGCUUCGAUAAUGCGCUCCCAGAUGAGCGGCUCAAGCGAGUCGCUUCAGCAGCCGCGUACGCGAAGACGCGGUAAUAGCCGGUCUACUCUGAACGCGCAGGUGUCCGAUGCCAACGUACAUACUGGUCAGCUUCAGAAGCGGCGCCGGAAGAGGGGUCAGGGUUGGGCUCGGAGGUUCUUCUCUUUGGACAUUACUUCGAGCACGCUUUCGUACUACCAUGAUCGCAACUCGUCUGCGUUACGGGGCGCUAUCCCACUAUCCUUGGCAGCUGUCGCUACCAACGAGAAAUCUCGCGAGAUCUCCAUCGAUUCGGGUACCGAGGUCUGGCAUCUCCGCGCGAGCAAUGAACAAGAUUUCGUGGCCUGGAAGUGCGCUCUGGAGAAGGCUUCUUCGAAGGAUUCUCCAGAGCGUGAGGAUCUUGCUCUCCCAGGCCCUCCUGAGCUCCGACUGUCCCUCCCUUCAACACCUUCCCCCGCGGAAGAGAAUGAAUGGACUAGAGUCGAGCGCCUUGUCAGUCAAGUAUCCGGAUCGCGCGAUGCAGUGCGACGUCUUGCCAGAGAUACUGAUCCCAAGUACUUUGUAUCUCCAUCUCCGCUCCCGUCUUCCUCGGAGCGAAGUCGUGGCCGGUCUCCUGGUCCUCAUCCCCCAUCGCACGACUCUGGUGUGGACCCCAGGCGUUCAUUUUGGAAGCGCAAGACAAGUGCCAACUCCAGUCAUAGCGGCAAGCAUGCUAAUGUUAGCAAUUCCCAGCUGGUGGUGCCUAUCAAGGAGGAGCCUAGCAAACCGGCUAGCAUUAAUGGCCACGCUGAUGGGGUGGAUGCUCUUCAUGAUAAUCUAAUGGCAGUCCUGCGGGAUCUGGAUAAUGCCGUAACUGAGUUCUCGACACUCCUUGCUGAGAGUAAAUUGCGACGAUACCCUCCCCGGCCUACCGUCGCGAGUCGCAAGAGUAUGGAGUCAGAUAUCUCGCAGGAGUUCUUUGAUGCGAUGGACGGAGGUGCCGCAUCUCCACUCUUGACAAUUCAGGAUAGCGAUGGCGAGCAUGAUACGGUAGACGGCGCUGCUGAGGAGGUUGAAGAUGACGCGCCCUCCGACAGUGAUGAAGAAUCCGAGUCGGCAGCUCCUUAUGAUGGUGCCUCGUCCCUGUUCCCAACUCGUCCCAAGUCAUUGUCUCCCCUUCCCUUAGAGAAAGUUCGCCGUCGCCAGAACAUCCUGGCUCCAACAGUCAUGCCUCCAAGUCUCAUAGGGUUCCUACGCAAGAACGUCGGCAAGGACCUGUCUCAAAUAUCUAUGCCCGUAUCUGCAAACGAGCCACUGUCUCUGCUCCAACGUGCAGCAGAAAUCAUGGAGUACUCUUCACUCCUAGACCAAGCCUCGCAGGUCUCAGACAGCGUCGAAAGACUCAUGUACAUUACCGCUUUCGCCAUUUCCUCGCUCUCCAGCAAUCGCGUCCGCGAGCGCUCCAUCCGCAAGCCUUUCAACCCAAUGUUAGGCGAAACAUAUGAACUCAUUCGCGAAGACCGCGGCUUCCGCUUUAUCGCCGAAAAAGUCUCCCACCGCCCCGUUCAACUAGCCUACCAAGCCGACAGCAAAGAAUGGAGUCUCGCGCAGUCCCCAUUGCCUAGUCAGAAAUUCUGGGGCAAAUCCGCAGAAAUCACAACUGAGGGCCGCGUCCGCGUAACCCUUCACGCCACGGGCGAGCACUUCAGCUGGACGCCAGCUACUCAGUUCCUGCGUAAUAUCAUCGCAGGCGAGAAAUACGUUGAGCCAGUCGGUGAACUGACCAUCUUUAACGAAACAACCGGCCAACGCUCAAUUUCUACCUUCAAAGCGGGAGGCAUGUUCUCCGGCCGCAGCGAAGAAGUCUCAACGCGCGCCGUCGACCCAAGACAUAAGACUCUCUCCCUCGGUCUCGCGGGAAGCUGGCCCUCCGCCCUCUCUUUGACCAAGGAUGGCUCUCCCUCCGGCAAACCAAUCUGGUCCGCAGGAGACCUCGUGCCCUCGGCGCCAAAACACUACGGUCUUACUGCCUUCGCUGCCGAACUUAACGAAAUAACGCCUAUUGAGGACUCUCACCUCCCACCCACAGACUCGCGUCUGAGACCUGACCAACGCGCUCUGGAAGAUGGUGACCUCGAUCGCGCCGAGGAAGUCAAGGUUCAAUUGGAAGAGGGACAGCGUGCCAGACGCCGUGAUAUGGAGAAUGCUGGACAGUCUUGGAUCCCGCGCUGGUUUACGCGGGUGAGUGAUGGCUCUGAUCAGGAGAUUGUUUGGCGGUUGAAGGGUGGUAAGGAUGGGUAUUGGGAUGAAAGGGCACGCGGUAGUUGGUCUGGUGUCGUGGCUGUUUUUGAACAUUGA